AUGCAUAUGUGUAUUCCAGCGUUCCACCCGGACCCAUUGGUGAAGAAUUCCCACACGCAAUACAGUCAGGGCAUACUUUCGCCAGCGUUCCACCCGGACCCAUUGGUGAAGAAUUCACACACGCAAUACAGUCAGGGCAUACUUUCGCCAGGUAUAGCCCCUGGUCUUGGUGGCAGACCAAAACGUCAUAUUCAGCAACCAAGAAGAGUUGCUGAGUGUAAGAUCUCAUCAGGACAAGAAACAAGUGGUGACAGUGAUUUUUCCGAAUCACAAGACGAACCUUGGAAUCCUGCUGUUCAAGUUGGAGUACGACGUAAAAGUAGCAGUCCUUAUUAUCCUGCAAUUGCAGCAAAUGCACCGGAAAGCGGUAGUGGUGACCAGCAGUACUCUAUGAAUGAAUCAUACGAGUCCCCAGCUAAUGAAGCAGCUGUGAGGUUGUUGGCUUCAUUGGAAGCCACAAACUCCAUUGGAAUAAUUGAUAAUGCUCAUCAGUCAUCAAAUAUUGAAGGCAUUGAGGAAAGAUUGUUGAGUGCAUUUCGCUCAAUGAACCAACAAAUGAUAGAGGAAAUGAGAAGUCAAGCAGCUGAACAACGCGCAGCAGUACUAGAGAUACAGCGAAGUGCAGCAAAGCAAGAAAAGGUAAACAAGGAAAUUUUGGAUAAGCUUGAAAGAGUCGAAAAUUUUCUUGAGGAACUUGGAAUACCUCUUGAAACUUUACUACAAGGAGGUCCUUCAACUCUAACUGAUUCAAACAAGGGAUACGAAUUCGAUUCAAGGUUGGUGAUUCCUGUCAAGAAGAGGAGCGAGUUGGUGGAAGUAGAUGCACUACUGUUGGACAAAACAAUUCGGAAGGACUUACCAUUAAAUAAGCUGCCAGGAUUUUACGCACUUAUUGAAAACUUUGCUGCUCUUCACUUGAAUGAUGACGACAUGCCGAAAUUGAGGACAUUCAUUAACAAGGUUUUACGCGAACUACGCAAUGCUGAAAGGAAAACUCGGAAAGAAGCACUUGGGUUGAAGGAAAGAAGUAUUGAUGGCGAAGAUUCGACACAACUGACUAAUAAUUUCGCAGCUAAUUAUGAAAGUGCAAAAAGUUUGAAAGAAUUGAAGAACGUGUUCAUUGGUAACAGUAAGGAGCAAAGCGAAUUAGAGAGUGACCUUGAAGAAGUAUAUGCCAAAAUAGGAGACGAUAAGGAUAGGCAUUGCAGCUAAGUGUACGAAGCUAUUUGAAGUUUUUAUUUAUGUACUUUUGAAGUAUUCAUUUAUGUACUUUUUUCUUUCAACGCGAAAUUGAUACGGG